AGCGAGCGAGCAGAAAAGAGGUGGAGAGGGGGGGACUGAGAAAGAGAGCAGGGAAGGAGAGAAAGCAGGAAGAAGGCGAGGGGACGAUACAACCAUGCUGUGCUGUAUGAGAAGAGCCAAACAGGUUGAAAAAAAUGAUGAGGACCAAAAGAUUGAGCAGGAUGGCAUCAAACCAGAAGAUAAAGCUCAUAAGGCUGCAACCAAAAUCCAAGCCAGCUUCCGUGGACACAUAACAAGGAAAAAGCUCAAAGGGGAGAAGAAGGGCGAUGGCCAAACUGCUGAGGCUGACGUGAACGAGAAGAAGGAGGAGGUCCCUGUGGCUGAUGGGGUGGAGAAGAAGGAGGGAGAUGGUCCUACCACCGCUGAUGGAGCCCCAACCACUGGCCCCAAGUCUGAGGAGACCGGGAAAGCCGGAGAAGCUCCUUCUGAGGAGAAGAAGGGGGAGGGCACCCCUGAUGCUGCCACUGAGCAGGCAGCCCCUCAAGCUACUGCCCCCUCGGAGGAGAAGGCUGGCUCUGCGGAGACAGAAAGUGCCACUAAAGCUUCCACUGAUAACUUGCCGUCCUCCAAGGCCGAUGACCCCCCAGCUAAGGAGGAGCCUAAACAAGCCGAUGUGCCUGCUGCCGUCACUGAUGCUGCUGCUGCCACCACCCCUGCUGCCGAGGACGCUGCUGCUAAGGCAACAGCCCAGCCUCCGACGGAGACUGUGGAGAGCAGCCAAGCCGAAGAGAAGAUAGCUGUAGAUGAAACCAAACGUAAGGAAAGUGCCCGACAGGAGGAGGGUGAAGGAGAAGACCGUGAGGCGGACCAAGAACAUGCCUGAACUUGAAGGAAUGGCUUUCCGUGUCCCCACCCUCCCCUCUCCUGACCCCCAUUUCUCCCACCCUCUACUCUAACUCCAGUCUGAAGUUCCCGUCCCGAUCCUGCUCACGUCUGUGAGUCUGUCUCCCCUACCCACAAACCCUCUUUUCUCUCUGUGUGGCAAAAUUAAAAAAAAAAAAAAAAAAAAAACAAGCAGGAAAGAUCCCAAGUCAAACGGUGUGGCUUAAACAUUUUUGUUUUUGGUGUCGUUAUGGCGAGUUGUUGGUAAUGAUGAUUCAAUCAUUUGGGGGAAAUUCUUGCACUGUAUCCAAGUGUUUUGAUCUGGUGCGUGUGACCCUGUGGGAGUCCACUUUUCCUCUCUUUCUCUGCUACAAGUGUGUGUGCAAUGUCCCGUUCAUCCGAGGAGUCCAAACGAUCAAGUGAAUCCAAAACCAUGUUUCUUUUCUCCUUUUCAAUGUGAUGGAAUGAACUAAAAGGAAAAAAAAUAAAAAUAACCCAGAUUGUUUUAAGAAAUAAAUAAAUAAAUAAAGCAAAUGUGCCAAUUAGCGUAACUUGCGGCUCCAAGGCUCCUUUUUCAAUCUGAAUAUUAAUAAAUCAUGAGAGUAAUCAGA